GCCAGCAAAAGGCACUGCACUCCAACUCAUCAUUGAAAGGAGGCGUUUCUCUCUGUGAGUUUGCGGAAAUGAUUACAGGCUGAGAGAGGAAGGAAGCGAGGCAACCGGGCGGAUUCUUGCAUACAGACAUUCUGGCUCAUUGAAAAAUUAUAUAUUUCUUUCCUUUUGGAAUUUAAAAUAAAAGAUAAAGCAGCCAAGAUGUCGAAGAACGUGUCCUCUGACCGCUUCAGGAAGGUGGAUGUAGAUGAGUACGACGAGAACAAGUUUGUGGACGAGGAAGAGGGAGGAGAAAACCAACAGGGUCCGGAUGAAGGGGAAGUUGAUUCAUUAAUCAGACAAGGAAACGUGAUGGGUGCUCUCCAGGCAGUCCUGAAAAAUCCACCAAUGAACACAAAGAACCAAGCACUGAAGGACCGGGCGGAGGGUCUUGUUCUGAAGGUCCUGAGCUCCUUUAAAAGCGCUGAUAUUGAGAAGGCUGUGCAGUCCCUGGACAAGAAUGGCGUGGAUCUCCUCAUGAAGUACAUCUACAAGGGGUUUGAGCAGCCCACAGAAAACAGCAGCGCAGUCUUACUGCAGUGGCAUGAAAAGGCUUUAUCUGCUGGUGGCGUAGGAUCCAUUGUUCGAGUCUUAACUGCCAGAAAAACAGUUUAACACAUUCCUGGAACUGCUCUGCAUAGAGAGGGAUUUGCUGGUACAAAAACUAAGAGUCAUUCAAAGGGUCCUGUGCAGGACUCCAUUCUUCCUGUGAACCCUUCUUUAUCUCAGCUUGCUUUUAUAUCUUUUGUAUUCUUUUUUCUUAAAACAAAUUUGUUAUCAAGACCAUGGUGCAAUGUUACAGUUAAAUUUGUACUCUGUAGCGACUUUGUAUCACAAGCAUUUCAAUUGGACUUUUUUUCUUUCUUUUUUUUUUUUUUUUUUUUUAAGUGAAAAUGUAUAAAAAAGACUGAGUUACAGUAUAUUGUGUAUUUCACUUUUUUUAUCCAGUAACCAAUUUGUGGCUAAAAACAUGGCAAGCCCCCAAAUAUGCCAGUGCAGUUUGCUGCAGUGUCCAUUUGCUCAAUGCCAAUCUUUUACUUUACCAUAGUUCUAACUAGAAGCAAGGAGAGUGGAGUUCAGUCAUUUCCUCAUUUCUUUUCUUUUUUUUUUUUUAAGGCUACAAAAGCAGGCGUGCGGCUCGUUGUGCAUUAAUUACCAGAAUCCUCUCAGCAGGGUGUCUAUAUGCAACUGCUCUGCAAACAAGUAAAUCACUGGCAUGUUAAAAAGUAUAUAUAAACUACACAAUGUAGCCUGGUUAAUCAAAGCUCUUAUCAAGCAUUCUAUUUGCUCAGUGAUUUUCAGUAUUACUUCUUCAGAUUAGCCAGAUCUAGAUGUUUUUGUGCCAUAUUUUGGACCAAAAUAUCAGUUUAUUUGGACCAUAAUUCUUUCUUUUUUUUCGCUUUUGAUUACAUCAUGUUUUAUAAUUAAAUUGCCUCAACUAGAACAAUUAAAUACGCAGUGCAAUAAAAGCUUGGUAAGUGUGAUUGGAAAAAUAAUUCAUACUGUAAGGGACACAGACUGAACUCUUUCCUAAAUAAGUGUAAUGGGGAAAGUGUUGAUGAUUUGGUACUGUUGUCAGUAUGACUUCAUCAGAAUUGAUAGGUAAUUUAGUUGUAGCCAAUGCACUUACCAUAAAUAAGGAAGCACAAAAAUACAGACCAGACCUUGAUGUACAGUACUACCUGUGUUGUGCGAGGUGUUCAUGUAAUGAUUAUAAUUUGUUGGGCCCAAAAAAAUGAUGACCAUAAAAUAAAUAUUUUUUGCUACUUUGUGUUAUGGGAAAAUGUAAUUCUAAAUCGGCAGUGAUAGAAAUAAGCAUUUACUAAUGUUACUUAGUUAAUUUGUAAUUGGUUUGAGCAAAUAUACCUAACUGGUUUACAGACUGCCUUAUCAAAAUGGUCCUUUUUUAUGUAUGUGCUUUUGUAAUGCGAUACAGAAAAAAAAGCUUAAGCAAAUAAGAAUAAAACAAUUAGUGUUG